AGAAUAAUUGUUUGGAUAGUUGAAUGAGUGAGGAUAUGGAUAACUUUGAUAAGCAAAUAUAAGUGAUUGGAUGGAGAAAAUAAAAAUUUAAAGGCUAGAUAACAGCAAUUAGUCAGAGCUUAUUGAUAAUUUAUAAAUAUAAUUAUAUAAUAAAAUAAAUUAACAUAUGUGUCCUAAUUUCACAAUAACUAUCUUAUUGUUUUUGAUGGGUAUGGGUUUAUGUGAGUAAUGUACAUGGACUGAUGAAACAGGAUAUACAUAUAACCUAAAAUCAUUAGAUAAGGAUGGAGGAUGGUAAUUAAAGGACGAAACAAGUGGAAUGGGAAUGUUUAGUAUGGUUUACAUAUUCAAUUUUUGUGAUUUCAAACCUAUAAAAUGUCAUGAUAGAUAGGUGGGAGCAAUAGAAGCAUUAGCAGUUAUGGGAUAAAUAACAGAAAAUUGUGAUGUUGCUGGAUUGGUUGAAACUUAAACAUUUGAUCAUUUGGAUUAGAGAGAUUUAGAAAAAGGAAUAGUAGUUAAGUAUACAUAAGGAGAUUUAUGUAUGGAUCCUAAACAACCUACAGGAGUGAUGUAACCAAGACAAGCUCAUUUUUUUAUUGAAUGUGGAAAUGAUGAUGCUACUUUUACAGUUUUACCAGAUAAUGAAUGCAUAGAUUAAUUUAAAAUUAGACAUCAUGUUGGUUGUAGGAAUGCAAGUAUUAAAUGCAUUAUAAUAAUUUAGGUUCACAUAUGUUUCUUAAAUUUAUUUUUAUUAUUUGUUUAUAUUUUGGGGGACGCUUCAUUUACAAUCGGAAGAAACUAUAACUUGAGGGAGAGGAAGCCAUUCCACAUAUUUAAUUAAUAAAAACUCUCAUUCCUCAAUUCAGAGCUAUCUUUCAUUUAGGUGUAGAUAAAUUAUAAUCUCAAGUCUAGAGGUUUAGACAUGGUGGCUAUGAUAGUAUAUGAAUAAAUUAAUUAAUUAAAAUAU